AUGUCUCCCCAGAUCACCCACAUCCUAUCCUCCGCAACCCAACGCUGUCGUAAAGUCCUGGAGCCAAACCUCAACGAAUUCGUCUCGCAGCUCUCGGAGCAGGAGACGGAACUCAUCGAGCGCAUCUCGGAGGAAGAUGCAGCGGCGAUGUUCAGCAUCUGGCAGUCGGAGCAAAUCGCUCGCUUCUCCACCCUCUGGAAGGAGGAGUUCAUGAGGCGCUAUGUGGCCGAGGCGGAUCUGCGCGAAGCGAGGGAGGAGCUGAAGCAAGCGACCGGCGACCUGAAGGUUUUGAGGAUACUGCUGGAGGAGAGGGUCGGGAAGGAGAAGGAGAUGGAGGCCGAGGUUCGCUAUCUGAAGAGGGCUCUGGAGGCGAGUAAGGCCCCGGCCGUAGAGGCAAAGGAAGUUGACGUCCGGACACAACCUCCCCUCGCUGGACGUCCGAAGUCAACUUUGGGAUUUCGCUUGGGGAGAUGCAAUGGCUAG